GUCUCCUGUGGUUGACAUUUUGCGCGGGAAGUCUUUCAAAAUGGCGGACGUACCUUCUAUCAGAAAACUUGAUGAAACCGUUGUAAAUCGAAUAGCUGCUGGUGAGGUUAUCCAGCGACCUGCAAAUGCACUUAAAGAGAUGAUAGAGAACUGCCUUGAUGCUAAGUCUACAUCAAUUACGGUAACAGUGAAAUCUGGCGGUUUGAAAUUACUCCAAAUCCAAGAUAAUGGCUGUGGGAUCCGCAAGGAAGAUAUGCACAUAGUUUGCGAACGCUUUACUACCAGUAAACUCUCCAAGUUCGAGGACUUGAGUAGUAUUUCUACUUAUGGUUUCCGUGGGGAGGCGUUAGCGAGUAUAAGUCAUGUCGCUCAUGUUACAAUCACCACCAAAACAGCUCAUUCAAGCUGCGCCUACAAAGCGAGCUAUUCGGAUGGCAAACUAGUUUCCCCAAGACCAGGGCUACCUGCUGAGCCAAAGCCUUGUGCUGGAAAUAAGGGCACCCAGAUAACAGUAGAGGAUUUGUUUUAUAAUGUAGCAACUAGAAGAAAGGCUCUGAAAAGUCCCGGGGAAGAAUAUUCUAAAGUGGUUGAUGUUGUUAGUAAAUAUUCAAUUCAUAACACAGGAGUUGCGUUCACCCUAAAAAAACAAGGGGAAGGCACUGCAGAUGUACGAACAACUUCUACUGCAUCUUUGCAUGACAAUAUUCGAGCAAUAUAUGGAACAGCAGUUGCAAGAGAACUCGUAGAUAUCGAUUGUGAUAAUAGCAGGCUUGGUUUCCAUAUGAAGGGGUGCAUCACAAAUGCGAACUACUCGGUGAAGAAAUUGAUCUUUUUGCUUUUUAUCAACCAUCGGCUAGUAGACUCAACGGCACUCCGCAGGUCUUUGGAGACUGUAUACGAGGCUUAUCUGCCAAAGGGGACUCACCCCUUUGUUUAUAUGAGCUUGCAGAUUACUCCAAGUAAUGUUGAUGUUAAUGUCCAUCCCACCAAACACGAGGUCCACUUCCUUCACGAGGAUGCCAUUGUAGAAGCUGUACAGAAAUGUGUGGAAAUGAAGCUUUUGGGCUGCAACACCUCACGCACAUUUUACACCCAAGCACUUUUACCUGGAGUUGCUGGAACCAAGAGUUCUGAGUCAGCAGAUGUUGCAGGAAAGAGUUCUUCAGCAAAUGGGUAUGCUCAUCAGAUGGUACGCACAGAUAGCCGUGAGCAGACUCUCCAUGCUUUCAUCAAACCAGAUGGAAAAUCAGUAGCAAACAGGAACUCAUCAGGGGAUGAUGCUCCAUCCAUUUCUCCUACAAACAAAAGGAGUAAUGAAGGCAGUGGAACAGAUCCAAAAGUCAUUGACAAAGAAACAUUCCAGGCUCAAUACAGGAAACCUAACUCUGUUGAACCAUCCAUUUCAGAAAACAAGAGAGCAAAGCUAGUUGAAGAGUCUAAUGGCUUCAAAAGGCAAAAAUUAAACCAAUUCCCACGAAGGGAAGUCCAACUGAUCAGUGUCCAGAAACUACGCGAGAAGAUUGACAAAGCAGAACACAGGGGUCUGAAGGACUUGUUUGAGGAACACAAAUUUGUUGGCUGUGUGACACCCUCACAAGCGCUUGUCCAGCACAAUACAAAACUCUACCUGGCAAAUAUUCACAGCCUGUCCAGGGAGUUAUUCUAUCAAAUAAUAAUGUUCCAGUUUGGGGACUUUGGGUUUCUAAGGCUUUCUGAGUCUGCUCCGUUGUAUGAGCUCGCACUGCUUGCUCUGGAGAGCCCCGAGAGUGGAUGGACCCCAGCAGACGGAGCAAAGGAAGAUCUUGCUCAAUACAUAAAGGAUUUCCUGAUGCAGAAAGCUGAAAUGCUUCUUGAUUAUUUUUCUCUUGAGAUUGAUGGGGAAGGGAAUUUAUUGUCUUUACCACUCCUGCUGGAGGAAUACGUGCCAAAUCUCAAUGGACUGCCCAUGUUUGUUCUUAGACUUGCAACUGAGGUGGAGUGGGACUCAGAACUAGAGUGUUUCGACACUUUUGCCAAAGAAUGCAGCAGAUUCUUCUCAUUCAAGCCAGAUGUAAACCCUGACGACGAUUUAGAUCAAAAUGAAGCAUCUUCCUCGGACUGCAAGAGUGCUUCUGAUGAGUGUAAAAUAAGUGUUGAUGACCCUGGCACAGAUGUGCCUGGAAGUGGCAUUGAUGGGCCUGCAACUAACUCACAUGGGCCUGGUAAUGGCAGGAAAGGGCCUGGGACUAGCCCAGAUGGUCCUGGUAAUGCCAGGAAAGGGCCUGGGACUAGCCCAGAUGGUCCUGGUAAUGCCAGGAAAGGGCCUGGGACUAGCCCAGAUGGUCCUGGUAAUGCCAGGAAAGGGCCUGGGACUAGCCCAGAUGGUCCUGGUUCUGGCAGGAAAGGGCCUGGGACUAGCCCCGAUGGUCCUGGUACUGGCAGGAAAGGGCCUGGGACUAGCCCCGAUGUGCCAUGGAAGUGGUCUGUGGAGCAUGUGUUGUUCCCUGCCUUCCGGUCAGGCCUUGUACCUCCCACUCGCUUUGCUGAGGAUGGGACACUGUUGCAGAUUGCCAGUCUAACAGAGCUGUACAAAGUGUUUGAAAGAUGUUAGGGAUGAUACCCCAAUGAAUAAAGCGUUCAUUUUUUUAAGCCAAGAUAUUUAGGUGGAAUUUUACAUUUAGUGUUUUUCAGUUGUCUUACAGCACUGUGGGUUCAAGAAAUGUUACAAUAUAUACCAAGCAUUGACAGCAGAGAGAGCAACACCAUACAACUUUGUGAAGCAGUGCAAUGGUUGUCAUAAAUUUGACGUACAGGAUAGAAUAGGAAUAAACUGACUAACCAUAUGGUCCGUACUCCAUAGGAUGGCUCAAGCUCUCAACUCGAAUGUUACAAUAUCACCAGGCACUCAUCACAGACAGCAGACAGACACAUAACUAGAAUUUCUGGGGGGCUACAGCUGCAGAUUUAUUAAAGAUAGUAUCACUGGUAUUUUAAUUAACAGAGUGUGUGUCACAUGGUGUAAUAUCAUGGGCCUUUUUUAAUACAUUUCAUGUAGAAGAACAAACUGGAUUUCUGAUUAUUACAAUAAAUGUUAACAGUGUC